GAACUGGAGUUGUGAUGUGAACGGAUACAUGGAGUCGUCGACAUGGAGUUAUCAGUCUUAUCUAUUUCAAAACGCCGCGUUUGUGUUUAAACGUAUUGUUUCAAGUAUGAAAGGCGUUAACUGUAAACUUUUGUUAUUGCUGCUUUUGCUGUCAUUUGUGAAGCCGUGCGUGCCGGAGCAAGUUGAGCCAGGGAAGUCGCUGGACCUGCAUCAUGACAGAGACGGCGGAGAGGAUGUGAAUCAUAAGGGUAUUCCUCCGGUGGACGACCAGGAGACAUCGUCGAAGCAUGAAAAUGAAAAUGCACACGAUCCAAACAGUUCAAAAGAGGAUGGACAACCCGUCAGCAAAUCCAAUGACACUGAUGGUUACAGCAAUGAGACAAUUCACUCUACAACCCCUCCAACCAAGGCGACGACCCCGACCCCCAAGCCCAUCCUGCCCGUGCAGACAGGGGUCAAGGCCCAAGAGGAGGAGCAGUCCAGCGGGAUGACCAUAUUCUUCAGCCUGCUGGUUAUUGGUAUCUGCAUCAUAUUGGUGCACCUACUUAUUAAGUUCAAGCUGCAUUUUCUUCCAGAGAGUGUGGCUGUGGUGUCUCUUGGGAUCCUAAUGGGAGGUUUCAUUAAGAUCAUUGAGUUCCAGGAACUGGCCAACUGGAAGGAAGAGGAGAUGUUCCGGCCCAACAUGUUCUUCCUUUUGCUCCUUCCGCCCAUCAUAUUUGAGUCGGGAUACUCUUUGCAUAAGGGUAACUUCUUCCAGAACAUUGGCUCCAUCACCCUCUUUGCUGUGAUUGGCACAGCCAUCUCUGCCUUUAUUGUAGGAGGAGGCAUCUAUUUCCUUGGGCAGGCUGAUGUUAUCUACAAGAUGACCAUGACUGAUAGCUUUGCCUUUGGCUCUUUGAUCUCAGCUGUGGACCCUGUAGCUACUAUCGCCAUCUUUAAUGCUCUUAAUGUGGACCCGGUCCUCAACAUGCUGGUGUUUGGAGAGAGCAUCCUCAACGACGCUGUCUCCAUUGUACUCACCAACACGGCCGAGGGGUUUUUCUCCCGCUCAGACAACUCCAUGGUAACAGGCUGGGAGACUUUCUUACAGGCACUGGGCUACUUCCUUAAAAUGUUCUUUGGCUCUGCUGCUCUGGGAACCCUCACUGGACUCAUCUCUGCCCUUUUUCUUAAACACUUUGACCUGAGGAAGACCCCUUCACUUGAAUUUGGCAUGAUGAUCAUCUUUGCUUACCUUCCAUAUGGCCUGGCAGAGGGGAUCAAACUGUCUGGAAUCAUGUCCAUCCUAUUUUCAGGAAUUGUGAUGUCUCACUACACCCAUCACAACCUGUCUCCGGUCACACAGAUCCUCAUGCAGCAGACACUGCGCACAGUGGCCUUCAUGUGUGAAACGUGUGUGUUUGCCUUUCUCGGUCUUUCCAUCUUCAGCUUCCCUCAUAAGUUUGAAAUAUCCUUUGUCAUCUGGUGUAUAGUCCUGGUUCUUCUUGGUCGAGCAGUGAACAUCUUCCCACUGUCCUUCCUGCUCAACUUUUUCAGAGACCACAAGAUCACACCCAAGAUGAUGUUCAUCAUGUGGUUCAGUGGUUUACGAGGUGCUAUCCCCUAUGCGCUGAGUCUACAUUUGGGCCUGGAGCCCAUUGAGAAGCGCCAGCUCAUCGGCACCACCACGAUCAUCAUUGUCCUUUUCACCAUCCUCCUCCUGGGGGGCGGGACCAUGCCUCUUAUCCGCAUCAUGGACAUUGAGGAUAGCCAGUCACGGCGCAAAAACAAGAAAGACAUCAAUCUCAGCAAAACUGAGAAAAUGGGUAAUGCUAUUGAGUCGGAGCAUCUUUCAGAAUUGACAGAGGAGGAGUACGAGGCUCAGAUCUACCAGAGACGGGAUCUGAAGGGUUUCAUGUGGUUUGAUGCUAAGUACCUCAACCCUUUCUUCACUCGCAGGCUCACCCAGGAGGACCUGUUACAUGGCCGUAUCCAGAUGAAAACCCUGACCAAUAAGUGGUAUGAGGAAGUUCGACAGGGACCCUCCGGUUCUGAGGAUGAUGAGGACGAAGCAGAGCUUCUCUAAAGUGAACAAACACUUGCAGUGACUUUGAGAAGAACAAACAGACAUGGUGUGUCCUGUGCUGACGGGGCAUCUGUGUGUGUGAAAAGACAAAUAUUGUCUUCAGCGAAUGUCACACAUCUUGCUUGUUUACCUGACUCCAAGUUAUGUGACUGGUGAGUCAUGCUCAGUGCCCACUGUGGAUGUUGCCACUUAGAGUUUCACUACUACCACUUUCCUGGACUGCACCACUUUAUCUGAGUCCAACCAAACUCACACAGAACACAGAUUUGGAUGGACUGUGUCAAAUGAUUGUGUGCAGUCAGCAAAACUGGAAUUGAAAGCUAAAGCUAUAACACUGAAUGAAGCAACAAAUCUAUCAGUGAAAAAUAAUGCUCCUCCUACAAAUGCCAUAUAGUUGCUAGCUAUAGCAACACUUACUAUGAAAUGUGUUUGCUCCGGUACCAUGUUCAUCAAAAAAGUGACAUGAGCAAGUGAUUUGUUGAUUCUAACAGUUUUUUUUUUUUUCCUCACGUUUCUUUUAUAAAUGUUUAGGUUUGUAGGGAAGUUGGGAGGAGGAAAUCUCCCACAUAAAGCAAUACUAGAGCACCUUCUCACUAUUUCUGAUCACUAUUAUGUUGUGUUCUUACAUGUUGUUUAUUGCAAUGUGAUGAUAUUUUCUUUUAAGGUCUGCUUGAAGUUUUACAUGAUGCCAGGGGAAGGAACCAAAAUGAUUUUGUCAUCUGUUGUGACCAAAUCCUUGUCUCCUUUUUCAGUAAUCCUUAUCUUAAAGAGUUACUCCACAAGAAAACACUGAGUUGUAAUAAACUGGUGUUGAAUACAGUGUAGUUAUGAAAUGCAUUGUCAGUCAUACAGUGAGCAUGUGAGCACUAACAGUGCUGUUUUUUUCCACUAAGCCUGGCUCAGAUUGCCCUCCAGUGGCGAAUUCCAUAAAAUGAGCAGCCAUGUCCAAGAACAAACCGCUGUACUGAGAUGCCUUAUUUUUUUAAACACUCCACCCACUCCAUCCCAUAAUUUGGCCCAACCCAUCACCCAUUUUCUCUCCCCCACUCACACAUUUUUUAAAGUUCACACAGUAGGUAGAGAGAAGCUUGCAGUGGGUGCAAAAUUACUCUUUAACUGUAACCUACAUAUUUGUAUUCUGAACUGUUAAUUGCAAAACACAGAGAGAGAUUUCCAUGACAUUUUGCCUUCAUUUGUUCAAAAAUACUUUAUCUCCAUAACUGAAAUAAUGAGCACAUAUUUCAAAUAAAAACUCAUCCUGUGACAAAUGAAACUUGGGGGGGCUGUCCUUCUAAUGCUUUUCUAUAAAGCUUUUCAGGAGAAAAAAUAUCUCAAACAGGACAACAAUAAGCACUCAGAACAUUAUAAGCCCCCUUUUUCUAUUUUUUUUUCACUGAACAGGUUCCUUCCCCUACAUUGUUUAUUUACAGUAGAGCUUAAAAUAAAGUAUCUCUAUUGAAGUUGAAGAUUGGCACCAUUGAAUGUUCAGCUUAUGGGGAAUGAGGUCUUGUGGAGGUCUAUGUAUUUAAAAAAAAAAAAAAUGUAUUUAUUAAUCUGUUUCUACUUGUUAUGGCUGGGAUGAAGGCUUUUAUACAAGCUCCAUGAGCAAUUCAGAAUUAUGAAAAGAUGUCAUGCUACCUAUAAUAAAUGAAAUUGUGAAA